ACAAAAUUGAGCAGUUGGGAAGUGCGCGGGCGGCACAGACCGAUGAUGGAGGAUUUUGAGUACUUGCAGCAGCGCCUUCGCCUGCACGUGGAACUCAUGGAGCGCCACUUGACGGGUGUGUCGGAACUAAUCCUGGCGCCAAAGCAGGACAACAUCAAGCAAAUACGAGUGCACUGCCGACAAUGUGUAGUAUCACGUGUGACAGUGAAUGGCGUGGAAGCGCGCUUCGAGCAUCACGACUUUCUUGGUGAGAUCGUGCAGGAAAGCUAUCGAGACUGGAGCUCGUUCGACUUGUUCUACCGUGGGGCGAUUGUUGCGUCCAAGGAAGGAACGCUCGUCAUCGAAAUGCCGCCAUCCGUCCGCAUUGUCGACAAGAAGGAAUGCAAGGACGACGACUCGAAAAAGGUCGAUGGUGAGAACCCCACCGACGACGAGCAUGAUGCCAAUGCCGUGUGGGACUCGUCCGAUGUUCUCCCACUUAGUUCCACCAAGUUCGCACCUGUCCGCGUCCGCAUCCAGUACACAGUGACGAAUCCACGUGGAGGAGUUCGGUUCAUGCUUCCCGACGAAUUGCAUCCAAACCGCGUGCCGCAUAUGUACACGUACUGCGGCCCAUUUGGUGGUCUUUGCGACGGCGCGCGUACUUGGAUGCCAUGCCGGGAUAUGCUUGGAGACAAGUGUACGUUUCGCAUCGAGUUGAUCGUACCGGCAUCGUGCGUUGCAGUCUGCAGCGGGCGGUUGGUCGGCCAAACCUUGGAUGCACAGAAGCUACACCGAACAUUUCGCUUCGUCGUGGACACCAAGACGAGCUGCAGUCUCCUUGGGUUUGCCGUCGGGCCGUUCCGCAUGCAUGUCUCCGAGUCCAUGCCUCGUGUGGCGCACUUUUGCCUGCCGGACAGACUCACGGAGCUCAUGACGGCCACAAAGUUCAAAGACCCGCACUUUGUCACGUAUUUCGAGACGUAUUUCAACGCGCGGUACCCGUUUGCGACGUAUUCACAGAUCUUUGUGGACGACCCGCCGACCGACUGCCAGUACUUCGCCGGGCUGUCCGUGCUCAACCAAGACGUGCUGUACGGACCCACGAUCAUCGAUCACGCAUUUGUUUCGCAAGCGAUUCAAAUCAAGGGUUUCAUCGGGAGCUGGAUUGCUGGGGCGAUCGGAAUUCAAUCGACUAAGCACGCGUGGGUAUUGGUUGGCAUUGUCGGGUACUUGUUCGACUUGUACGUGCUCUCUGCGUACGGGAGCGAGGCGUAUGGGUACCGCAUUCAGCUCGCGAUCGACGCGCUUGUGACAAUGGAACUGGUGGCUGAGAACGGUCCACCGAGUUUAAUGUACGACGACGUCGACGUGUACGGCGAGUACGAUCCGUCGUACAUGCCGUUCCUCGAAGCGAAAGCGCCGCUCAUUCUGCGCAUGAUCGAGCGCAAGGUCGAGCAGGAAGUCGGCCCCAGGCACUUGCAGCUCGCUCUGCAGCGCAUUGUGAGCGGCCAGGUCGGCGGUGUCAGCGGAAGCGGUGGGUCCAAACAGCAAUCGUCAACCAACAACGGGGACGACAAAGACGACGACAAGGACGACGAAGACGAAGGAAUGAUGGAUGGAGACAAAGACUCAAACGGCGCGCUUGCGAGUGGCCAACUGCAGCCGCUGAGCACGUGGUACUUGCUGCGAACAGUCAAGGUUGUGGCAGGCGCACCCGGGAGCGACUUGUGCAAAGCGUUUUUGCAAACGUGGAUCGUGCGGGGUGGCCUGCCUCUGAUUUCGGUGGGAUUUUGGUACAAUCGCAAGCAAACGCAGGCCGAAUUAGUGUUGGAACAAUCGUUGCUACCGGGAUGCGAGAAAUUCGAGGGAAUUAUGAAGAUCACGAUUGUCGAAGACUCGGGGGAGCAUUCGGACCUUCGACGGAUUGAAAACCUCCGGCACAAGUGGGAAUUCCCGUGCCACGCAAAAGUCCGCAAGAAGCGCCGAACGCGCCAAAAGCUGGACCAAGCUGACGAUGACUAUUCCCAGCAAAUCACAGGACCGGGCAUGGGGCUAAACGACACCCCUGUCUUUUGGGUGAAGAUCGACCCCGAUGCUGGCUGGCUGAGCCACAUUGUCAUGUACCAACCUGACUUCAACUGGAUGGAACAAUUGCUGAGCGACUCCAAAUGUGUCCGGUCCCGCGUGCAUGCGGCUCGCGCACUGGCCUUGUACCCCUUGCCGCACGAGAAGCCCCAUGUCAUGGCGUGCCGAGUCUUGACGGAGGCCAUGUCGGGGCUGACGACUCACUGCAACCGCAUUCGCGCAGAAGCAGCGAUCUCCCUUGGCAUUUGGCAAUCGCUGCAUGCACCCCACACCAACGCCAACAUGGCCUUGCCCGAGUGGAAAGGAAUGCAAAAUCUCGUGCGCAUUUUCAAAGAGCACUUUUUCGAUCGGACAGCCGACAUGCCAUUGCCCAACUACUUUUUGCCAUCGGGCGGAAAGGUCGUCCUGGAGAGCGUUGGGGCCGACACGAGCAACUCGACUACUUCGCGCGAUAUCCGCAUCCAAGAUUAUGCUGAAGGCGAGUACGAGAUCAAGAAGGCCAUUCCUCGUGGGCUGGCCAUGGUUCGUUGUCGCACGGGGUUUUCGCCGCCCGAGAUCGAGACUUUUCUCCUCCAAUUGCUCAUGCAAAACGACAACUCGAAGAACUACGUCGACAUGGCCGAUGAAUCCUGUGUUGCAGACGACUGUUUCUACCUCGGCAGCCUCAUCCUGAGUUUGUCCGUCCUCAACUUGGAGCUGCGAUCGCCGACGUCGACCACGGCGGUCGAGAUCACGCGGCUGCUGCACUACGACAACGUCAAACCGAGCUACCGCCACACAAUCACAGUGUGUUGCCUUGAAGCGCUGUGCAACUUGCAGUUGGCGGGCCGCAUGACGGACAUGGAAGCGAUCGCGUACCAUAAAUACGCCUCUCCUGCGUAUCCGUCCGUCGUUCGGCAAGCCGCGAUUGAGAGCAUCCUGCGGCUCUACUUUGCCGAAGAUCCGCGCGGCGACCCGUCUGCUCAACGCCGCGACAAGUCGCGGGUGUUUGGUCCCGUGGCCGCCGUGUCGUAUGCACUCAAGUUGAUUCAACUGGACGAAAGCCCUCGCAUUCGUCGGUUUGCCGUGCAAGUGUGCUUGAAUUGCAUUCGAGGGUUCCCUCCCAGCGUCGCGGCCCAAGUGCUCUCGACGCGGGAUCACGCGUACACGUUGAGCAUCAUGCACCGAAUUCAAAUGGAAGUGCCUGGUGCAUUCAUCCAGAAAUCCCCGUCCAAGGACUUGAUCGCCAAGGCGUUCACCCCUCCGUCCCUCGCCCCCCUUCGCGACGACAGCAGCGCUGCACGAGACGUGGCCGAGGCCAUGUGGUCCCUCAUCAACACGACUGCGGAUUACGACCAACCUCUCCGAGUGUCGCUCUCGAUAUUGUACAGAAAGAUUUGGGGCGACACAACGCCCAUCUGUGUGGCCCACACCGUUCAGGAGAAAUCGGCGGACUGGGCUGGUGGAUUCGAAGCGUUCCGACGACUCAUCGACGUGAGCAAGAACCACGGGGCGAAACCUACCAAGUCAUCGUCGGGUUACCAGCCCAAGUCGACGGACGACUCGUCCAAAAAGAGGCCUUUCAUGGGCUCUCCUCCGCUCUCGAGUGGGUUGGACCAUCUCAAGGGCAAAAAACUCAAGCUCAAAUUUGGAGACAACACGAUUGCGUCGCACAAGCUGUAGCCGUGAUCACAUCGUUCCUCCAUCUCGAUAGUCCAGGCAAUGACCGAACAACACGCAUCACCACAGUAACAAAACCUUGAGAUCAUCAGUGCAGCGCGCACGCCAUCGCAUACACAAGACACACAUGACCGAAACAAUGCACCUUGGCUGUCUCCCGUGUAACA